CCUCCCCAUUCAAUAUAAAGGCAUUCCUAGCCCUCUCCCUCUCUUAAAAGUUACAUCAAAUUGCAAAAGCAAUGGCGGCAGUGUCUGUGUCUACAUCCCCCAUGCUUAAUAUUGACGUCGAUAAACUUACCUAUGAAAUCUUCUCCGUCCUCGAGAACAAGUUCCUCUUCGGCGGCUACGACUACGGCCAUCCCGAUCCCGAUCCAAAGCUCUCCCAACACUUGAAAUCAAGCAAACACAACCCGGCCUCCAAGGUCAGGAUCCUCUCCAUCGACGGCCGCGGCGCCACCGACGGCAUCCUCGCCGCCACUUCCCUCGCCCGCCUCGAGGCCUCCCUCCGCCGCAAAUCCUCCAACCCCGACGCCCGCAUUGCCGACUUUUUCGACGUCGUGGCCGGAUCCGGCGCCGGCGGAAUCCUCGCCGCCCUUCUCUUCACUCGCGGCAAAGAUGGCGCCCCGUUGCUCACCGCCGACCAGGCCCUCAAGUUCCUCGUCCGGAACCGUCGUAAGAUCUUCCCGUCGUCGCCGUCGGGGAUUUUAGGGCGGAUUAUCCGGCCGGCGAAGGCGGAGAGGCUCUUACGUAAAACAUUCGGAGAGUCCACUCUGAAGGACACUUUGAAGUCGGUUCUGAUACCCUGCCACGACCUGUCCACCAACGCGCCGCUUCUCUUUUCCCGCGCGGAUGCCCUGGAGAUGGACGGCUAUGAUUUCAAGAUGAGGGACGUGUGCACUGCCACCUCGGCGUUGCGGCCCGUGGAGAUAGCGUCGGUGGACCGGAGGACGAGGUUGGUGGCCGUGAGCGGUGAAAUCGCGAUGAGCAAUCCGAUGGCUGCGGCAAUUACGCACGUGCUACAUAACAAGCUGGAGUUUCCGCUCUGUAAAGGAGUAGAGGAUCUGCUGGUCGUGUCCUUGGGAAACGGAGAGUCUGAAAGUGGUGUUGGAAGGCCGCCCGCUGGCCUUGUAGGGAUAGCCGGAGAAGGAGCUGCCGACAUGGUGGACCAAGCAGUUUCACUGGCGUUUGGCGAGUGUCGGACAAGUAAUUAUGUUCGCAUUCAGGGAAAUGGCAGUCUAGCUAAAACGCCGAAGCCUAGGGAUAUAUUGGGCAUCACAGAAAAUAUGUUAACACAGAAAAAUGUGGAGUCUGUUUUAUUUAAAGGGAGGAAGAUGGGCGAGAGCACAAAUUUGGAGAAGCUAGAACUGUUUGCUGGAGACGUAAUUAAAGAUGAAGAGAGGAGAAAAACCAGCAUUUUGCCCACCGUGGUGUUGAAGCAAACUUCGCCGUCCCCGAGAACGUCUUCUGCCACUACUCUAUCAACUCUAUCUUCCUGCGCCUAAGUUUAAAAAUUUAAUCAGUUGAGUUAUGAAUAUGUAUCCGCUGCCGCUCGUGGUGAAUCAAACACGUCCGAGUCUGAGCUGAUUUGAGUUUCUGAGUGCACCUACAUUUUUUCAUUUUUCCUAUUCCUAUUCACUACCUGUGUGUAAAUAUCAGAUAUAUUAAUCUAUAUUGUUGAUGGUUUAAAAUUAUAUUAAAUCAAUGAUUGCUA